UGUACUAUACGAGCUAUAAGAUUUCCAAUCUCCGUGUACAUGUAAUUGUUUAAUGUAAAAAUGGUUUUGCGUAGUUUAUAUUGUUCAAAAGCAAACUAAAGAUACAUUUACAAUGUGGCUAUAAAUAUUGAGUCGUAAUUUACUUGCCAUAAGUGAAAGUUACUCGAGGUAACGUUAGUAAUUAACAUUUUGCAUUUUUGUCCAGCGUGCAAGAAUGGCUUGUGUGCAGAAUUCAGUCCAGGCGGACUCUGAGAGGGAGGAAGGAGAGAUAGUGGACGAAUUAGAUGAGCUUUCGGACAUAUCCUCGGAGGAAGAGUUUCUGCUUCGACAGAGGUUGCAUAUGCUUGAGAAAUAUAAUAAUGUCCUUGAACGUAAGAAUGCGAAGCGUACGAACGUCACAGGGCCUGGUAAAAAAAGACAGGACAAUGAUGCAUUUUUAUGUGAUCUCUCUGAGAUAUCUGCCACAGAAUUGGAAGAACCGUAUAUAAUUUCUAAAGAUAUCAGGGAACAAAAACAUUUAAAAUCAUAUCCCAAACCUAAACGAAGAAAAGACCCACUACCUGAUAACAAUUUAUCAAAACGGGUACACAGAAGGAAAUCUAACAAAACUAAGAAAAGAGCAACAUUUUUAUCUGAAUCAAGCGAUGAAUCUGAUGAUGAGUAUAGAAAUAAAAGACGAAAGUUAGCUGCAGCUGUCAAUAAGGGUAAUGUUGACAAAUCAACUCUGAAAGCAAGGCUGGAAAAAAUGCUCUGUGGGUCACAAAACCCUGAGCCUGAUAGAUUCUUUCCGAAUUUACAAACUGAAACUCAUCUAGUCUCCAUUAAUAACGAGAUUUCUUUAGAAAAGGUAAUUAGCGCAGACGCUUCAUAUGGGGUUAAAGAUUCUAUAAAUGAACAAGUGUAUGAAUCUGUAGACUUAUGUUCUGAUGUAGAUACUAAAGAUAAUGGAAAUAGUGUCAGCGCUAUAAGUGUACGAUCAAGCACUGAAAAUAACGGUAGUGUUAUAGGUGUAGCGUCAGAAAACCAUUCCACCGUGGAUUUAGCCCAAGAGACUACUGCUAAUGUGAAAAAUGUGAUUAUCAACGAAACUCAAAAUACCAGAGAUUCAGACGAAGAUUUAGAAAUACUAAGAGAACACGCUCUGAAAACGAAGGCUGUCAAAACGAACAGUCAAAAAAUUGAAUUGGAGAAACAAAAUACACAGCAAAGCGAUGUUAUUGACGAAAAAGAUGCUUUGCUGUUGUCAGGAGAUGAAGAUAGUGAUACGGCUGAACUUCGGUUGAUUUGUCUAAAGUCUGCUUUAUUGAAAAAAGCUUUUGAAAGGAAACAAAAACAAAAGCUAAAGAAGCGACUGUCCCAGUCCUUGAAUUUGGAUGAUGAACUUAUGAAAGAUCAGAUUGAAUAUAUGAACCAAAUGUUGUCAGAUAAUAAUACUGAUAUAGAAUCGGUUGAUAUGGAUAUUGUUUCUGACGGAGAUGAGAAAAGUAAAGAUUCUCUUAUUGAAUCUUUAAAACCUACAAAUAUAGAACAUGAAAAAGGAGAUGUGGCAGAAAGUAAUAAACAUAUUGGAAUAACGGAAUUAAUGAGUUCUAAGGAGGAUGAAUUUGAGGAGGACGAGGAUCUUUUACGUGCCAAAUUAUUAACUUCCUUAAGUAAAAACUUGCCUAAUCUUGUUCAUCCUAAUGUUAUGAACGGUAUCACAGAUAGUAAAUUACCAAAAAAAGAUAGUGAGACUGAAAAACAGGCCAAUAAUAUACCAGAGGAGAAAAGAUUUAUAAUUAGUAUCGGAAAUUCUGAUUCGGAGGGCGAACAUGAAGCAACUAAAAAUUUAACAAAGAUGCAUGUGAAAUUGUCAGAACAAGCCGAUUUCCAGCAAAAACUUGACAUGUUCUUGAAAUCUACGCGUAUGGAGGUAGAAAAGAGUGUUCUUCCUGAUGUUGUCCAACAGCCUGUAGUACCGCCCGUGCCAAAAACUAACGAAAAAUUCGUCCCAAAGACUGUAAACCAUUUGCCGAAAUCGGAACAAAUUGAGUACAAAAAUUUAGUGAAAAGAAUAGCAGAGUUGGAAAAGAUUAAAAACGCGAGGCAAUCAUCGAUAAAUGUAAAUAAAGCAACAACAAAGCCAAUGGAAACCUUAAAACCUAGUAAUUUUGGCACCAGAGAACAGCUUACAAAUAACGAAUUAGAAGAGCAAAUAGCUUUGUCAAGAAAAACUAUAGCAGAAGAGUCAGCUAAAGUACUUAAACUGAAAGACGAGGCAACCAAAUUAUCGCACAAGUAUAAAAUGGUAUCAACUGAACUUCGAAAUAUAGCAACUGCUAUAACUUUAAAUAAAAGGCAGCAGAAAGUUGCCCAGAUUAAGUUGUCUAAAAUCAGAACUCAACAUCAGUUGCUGAUAAACAGCUCAGCUACUUCCAAACAUUCCAUACCAAACGGUAAUCUAGCACCAAUAGUUCGUGGCCCACAAAAACUACCAACAACCGCGAAGAGACCACAGAAAGAAAAUGCCCCAGUUGAGGAAGUAAAAACUGUACAAUUAUACAAUCCCACAACACUUAGUAACCUACAGUCAGUUAAAGUGAGCGUGGUCAAUGAUAGAAUGGAAGAAACAAACCCUAGAUUAUCAGUUCAGAUAGAUGUUACUAAUAAUAGAAAGACUGUAAAAUUGCCUAAAAACCCAGUUAAAAGUACAUUUAUAGAAACCAAUGUAGAAUCUAGAAUAAAUGAUGGAAGUAUUGAUGCCAAUGUAGAACUCGUUGACAGAGGCAAGAAAGAUGGAAAAGAGCAGACUGAUAAUAACUGGGGAAGUAAAAAUAAACUGAAAGAUGAUGAUUACACGUCACCGCUCCAAGCAUUAGGAUCUUCAAAGUGUAUACAUAAUAGAACAAGAAAAUGUGCAUGUUUCAAUUACCGCUUCCGAUAUAAAUGAGUGGAUGGAUGCGUACACAUCGCUGGACGCGUGCGAUCUGGGACCCGAACGCCGUGCUCUGCCGUUUCGAGAUCGGAGGCAUUUGCAAAGACGCUGAUUGCAAAUAUCUACACCCAAAAAUACAGGAACAAUGACACUUUACACACACUCAUUGCCGCCACACACUGCCAUACUUUACAUACAUUUACACAGCCAUUUGUUGAUACCUUCUGCUGUACUGGACUCUACAGACAAUGUGUAAAGUAUAUGACAUAUAUGUAUUAUGUAUCUUGGAUUUAUUAUGUUUCAAAUUGCUAACGCACAAGUUAUAAAAUAUUAUUAAUGUGGGACUAUUUGCAGUCCGUAUACU